CGGCGAAAUGGGAAUUGGAAGUCCUUUGCUUGAGGCUGGGAUUAUGUUGUUCUGGGCUCAAUAUCUGUAUUGAAGAUUUAAAGAGGUAUAGUGGUAGCAGCAUUUCCACAGAUAGUGCCCCACUUGAUAAGAAGGGAUUGGAAAAAGCUGCUCAAAGAGCAAUUACUAGAGAAGCGCGACUGGCUAAGGUCAGGGAAAUGAAUAAAGAUAAAACGCAGCAAGCAAGCAAGGAGACCACAACGCUUUUGUCGAGCUGGCUGGCAAGAAAGAAGAAUAACGGCGCUUUUGGCUCAACGCGAACAAACAUUUUGGGGAGGCGCUCUUCCCCCUUGUUAUCAAAUCAACGAUUGUCAUUUGAUUUAGUUGCCACAGAGCAGCGAGAUAUUAUUCUCGGGGGUGCUGAAGAGAGUAGGCCACCUCGUACGUUGCAGGAAGAGGCGAAUGUGGAUCUGGACCAUGAAUUGGAUUUUUGUUUAGAUUCCCUUGGACGGACCCCCACUGGGGAAUCUAGCUCGCUUGCCGAAGUGGGAGGCAGGCCGAGUCCUGUUCCCAGUCAAUCUACUCCCUUGGAAGGAGGAAAACCCCUCCCCAAACAUGAAACGACUCAAAAUCUGCCCCCGCCGCCUACAGAGGGCUUGGGGGUCGGAAAAGAGCGAGAAUCAGCGGUGGAUAUAGAAGCCGAUAUCGAACAAGUCUCUGUUCCUCAAAGGCAUCAGAGCAGACCUGGCCCAUUGGAAGUUAUAACAAUCUGCAUGUCUUCCGACUGUUACGAAUAUUUUGAGCGAGCCCUUGAUGAUACCCACAUAACACGCUGUCCAGCGUGUCGAGCAAAACAACUAUUAUCAAACCAAAGGCAGGAGGAAAAACAGCAGGGGUGGGUUGCGUUGGAUAUGCCGUCUACCCUCCGCAAUCGUCUGUUUUCGGAAACUAUCGACAUUAAUUUCGGAACAGGGAGCAUGAGUAUCGACAGGAAGUACAGACCUGAGCCUAUUAUGAUAAGGACGAUGUUGUGGGAUCUAACUCAUUGGUUCGGUCAAUUCCAAGUAAUGAUAUGUCGUUGGCGUAUGAGGCUCCAAAGAACGCUAACAGAAAGAGUCGUUCCUGUGCGCCUCCUCGACUUCCUCAAAGUGACGAUGAGCCGUGGUACAAAUGCUGGGGGAGCGCUCAAAGAUAUAGUUUCCGACGAAGAAAUCGUCUACAUGAUGCUCAUCGAUACUUUGGAUAAUGAAGGGGAGAGGCCUUGGUUUAACAUCUGGCUUUCCCGUAUAGGCAAUAAAUUUCAACAACAACGAAAACUGGGUGGUAACAUCAAGCGGCUAGAAUGGACAUGUGUAAGUCACAAACUCCUCCGCUUCCUGAUUUUAUUGCAAAAUACUGACACCACAUCCCAGAAAUGUGGCCACCGGUCCCAUGACGAUUUCCAAGAACUCUCUCAGGGCGCAAUCCUCGAGCUCGCAAACGACAUGUUCGAGGCAGGCUACAUAACUCACGCACAGAUCUCAAAUCAGACAAAUAGCCCUAUCACUUCUCUGACAACCAGAGUUCAAAACAUUUUCAUCGGAGCCCGGAGACGCAUCUCAAGUCUCCGAACCCCAACACUGCCAACGUUUAACACGAAGCCUAGCUCCAUCAAAUCGAUUCCCUUACAAUGUUUACCGAGCACAAAAUGCAGAUGGCUGCACAUGUGUCUAAAGAAACCACCAUACGCCACAAAAUUAGAGCCGUUGCAUGUGUGCAAAGACGAUGAAGAGAAUGAUUUUACUGAUGCAACUUUCUUUCAAGCUUUGAGACGGGCGUAUUUUGGGAGCAAGCGUUGGAGGGAGAGGCUUCUCUUCAAAUUGAAGAAGAUCGAGUUCGUCGAGUUCGAGCUUUGUCCCGAAAACCUGGUCGACCACAUCCUGCCCAACAAACUCCCUCCCACCCUCGACGAGUACGAUUUCCUGCCCCCUCCACCGGUCAAGAAAUGCCCUCCGAUUGGUGCCUCGCACAUGAUGCACCUCUUUACUUCCUGCUCUGCGCAACCGCUUGACACGUCUCUCUACCUCCGCUACAUUCCGAAGCGAAAGGAACUAGCGUUGUCUUUUAGACCUGAUCUGGUUGAUGCAAUUACUGGGUGGGGUCUCCAUUUCGUGGAAGGGUUGAAUAGUGCGCUAGCUGUGACAGUCAUGUUUUCUGUUUCGCUGGUCCUUGGUAUUGUGUUUGCGAUCUGUUGGAGUGUUUGGAAACAGGACGUACAGGGCGCGUUUGGUGUUGCAUCUUAUGUGACGAGUGUAAUUACGCUUGCUGUCAUGACUUGGCAGAUGUGGACUGUGUGAAGAAGUCAGCAAAACUUGCAACGAAUGCUGGAUCUAAACGUUCUACUCAUGGGAGGGGG